AUGUCCGCCACGAAGGCCACCUCCCGGCCGCUCACGAACACCGUCUACAAGCGUGUAGGGGUCGUGUUCGGCGGCCUCGCGGCGCUGUACGCCCUAGCACUCGUGCUGGUGAUGACACCGUUCAUCCAGACCCACGUUCUUUACGCCCAUUACAUUGACUUUCUGUGGUACAACAAGUUCGACCACCCAGAGCACUAUGGCUUGGCACCUGGCAAGACUGUGAACCUCAAGCUCCAGAGCGCAGACAAUACGACCCUCGGCGCGUGGUUCAUCUUCGCCGACCCGUUCUAUCGCACCAUGCCCUACCCACCGCCUUCUAAUGCCGAUUUUACCUUCCCUAACCAAAAACACGUCCCCGACGCCCUCCAGGCCGCGCCGACCAUCCUCUUCCUGCACGGGAACACCGGGACUCGUGCACAUCCCCUGCGCACUGUGCUCUACACCGCUUUCACCUCGAGGCUUGGAGCGAACGUCCUCGCGGUCGAUUACAGAGGGUAUGGAGAUAGCGAGGGACACCCGACGGCGAAGGGUGUGGGUGAGGAUGCGCGGGCUGCGUGGGAUUGGCUAGUCGAGAGAGGCGCGAAGCAGGAGGAUAUCUUGAUUUUGGGGCAUAGUCUUGGGACGGCGAUGGCUGGAUUGUUGGCAGCAGGACUGGGGAGGGAAGGCGUGCAUCCGCGAGGCACGGUGUUGAUGUCGCCUUUCUCUUCCAUCCGUUCGCUCGUCGACCAAUACUACCUCUUUGGGUUCCUGCCUAUCCUCAAACCGCUCUCUGUGAUACCCCUCGCACCGCUACACCACUUCGACACACUCACCCUAGUUCCGGACAUAAAAUCCUCCGUCCUGAUCGCACACGCCGACAACGACGCCGACAUCCCUUCCUCGCACGCCCAAAUCCUCUUCGAUGCUUUUCUGUCACCGCACCUGCCUGCCCCCGCCAAACUCCCGCCGAACCCGCUCUCGCACUCAGAAUGGGAGAACUACACCCAUGUGGACGCGCACUGGGAGGCCAAGCGUACAGAGGUGGUGAAGAGUAUGAAGAUCGAGGGGUAUGGGGUGUAUGAGGAGACGGAGGUCAGGGUGGUCAAGAAGGAGGGACGUAAGGUUGCUUUGUUGAGGACGGAGAGUGGGGGCCAUGAUAUUGGAAGGGUAGAGGGUGUGCAGGACGCGAUUGGGAGGAUGUUUGGGUUUUACAACUGA